GUAUAUGUAUACACAUACAUUUAUAUCUACUAUGAUAUAAGCCAUCGCCUGGCACUUAGACACUUAUCAAACAAUAUUCAGUAGUUUGGUGAACGCGCGUCGACAUCUGAUUGGAGGAAGAAACGAUAAUUUGGAAGUGAUUUUAAAAAAAACUAAAGUUGAGAAAUCAAGAAAAUGAAAUCAAUCAUUUUAUUGCUGGUAUUUGCCGCUGUCGCAGUUAGUGAAGAUACAAUUGCAAUUGUGAAAUUUCUUGAGGAACAUCCUAACAAUAUCGCUGUAAAUAUUAGAUUUGUCCAGAGUGAUUCUGGUGGGCCCGUAACUAUAACUGGAACAAUUACAGGACUCACUCCGGGAAAACACGGGUUUCAUAUUUAUGAUUUAGGAAAUUUUUAUAAUAAUUGCACUAACAUUGGUGGACACUUUAAUCCUACAAAUCACGUACAUGGAGCACCAACAGAUACUAUAAGACAUGUUGGGGAUCUUGGAAAUAUUGAAGCCAACGCUGAUGGUGUUGCUGUCAUAAAUAUUGUUGAUAAUGUGAUUUCUUUAGAUGGACUAAACUCCAUUCUUGGACAUGGUGCUGUUAUUCUUUCAGGUGUUGAUGAUCUCGGUAACGGAGGAAAUGAGCAAUCAUUAAUAAACGGAAAUGCUGGGACACCUGUAAGCUGUGGGUUUGUUGGACUUUUGUAAGCGGAAAAAUAUCCUGAGGAAUGUUCGUUCCAAAAAAAGAAUUUAAUAAAAUUUUUAGAUUUUGACUGGUAUAGUAACCCAUUGAUAAAUAAAUCUACUAUUCAACCAAUUGUUAUCGAAACUAAAUUAUAUUAAUUGUAAUGAUAAUAAAAAUUAUAUUGAAGAUU